AUGCCUCGACAACCCAAAAGGCGAGUGGAAGAGACUACGAAAGGUUAUUACUACAAGAAACGGAAAGCAGAUCAGAUUAACCCCUCUGAAGAUUCGCAAUCGGCCAACAUGGAAAUGCCGGUUACUGGAAAAAUAACCAAAAAGUCAAAAAGGGAGAAAAAGGCUUCUAUAUUUUCACCAAAUACACCAUUGCCACCGAGCAUAGCAAAGUAUAUAAAUAUGAAUUCACAUCUCAAAGGCGUUGAUCACGGUCGACUCAAUCCAAUGGGAAAGCUAGAGAUAGAAUUAGACAGAGCGGUAACAAAAGGUGAUUUAGAACUUGCUACCAAGUUGAGCGAAGAGAUUUCUCUCAAGAACUACGAACAUGUGGUGCAAGAAGCCAUCGAGCGGAAAGAGUAUUAUGAAGCCAAGCUGAAAGAAGAAGAGCGAAAGGCGAACAAAAGAGGCCGUAAACUGAAAUGGGGGUUUGAGUCUAAGCGCCGUUGGGAGACAAAGAGCAACAUGUAA